GCACUGAGGAUCAAGGAAACGUCCACACUGGAAGGAGCCGCAGGCCGUGCCAUCAAGGAACCAGCACUCCGACAGACGAACGGACCCCCACAUCAAAGGGAGGAACCCCCAGCCGGCCGGGUCGAAGGGACCCAAGGACAGCACCCUUUCAGCAGACCCGACACAGCCCCCAGUGUGGAGGACCCCCCCUGAGGAAAUACUGGAGUUAAAAGCUAAAGACUAAGAGCAUAAUAUAGGACUAAAAAGAUAAAAACAAAAGAAAACUUUAAAAAUAUUAGUUAAAAGCCUGAUUAAAAAGGUGCGUCUUUAAUCUUCUUUUAAAAAUAUCAACAGUCUCCGCAGUCCUGAGGCUCUCCGGCAGGCUGUUCCACAGAAUACCAGAGCUGAGCACCACAACCAUGGAUGGCAACCAAAACUCCACCAACGAAACGCAGUGCAUCAAUUUAGAUGAUUGGGAUUGGCUCACCCGCGGCCAGCCGGUCUAUUUGUUCAUCAUCACGGCACUGGGAAUCGUGUUGAACGCCUUUGUGCUGCUGGUCUUCUGCCUCCACAAGAAAGCCUGCACAGUGGCGGAAAUUUACCUGAGCAACUUGGCGGCCGCGGACCUUGUCCUGGUGUCCUGUCUGCCCUUCUGGGCCGUCCACAUCGGCAACGGUUUCAACUGGCCUUUUGGUGUGGCCCUGUGCAAAGUGGUCAACACUGGCAUCAAGAUGAACGCUUACUGCAGUAUCUACUUCCUCGUUCUGGUUAGCAUGGAUCGCCAUGUGGCUUUGGUGCAUCCCAUGUCUCACGGGAGAAUGCGUCGACCCAAGUAUGCCAAAGUGGGGUGUCUGCUGGUGUGGAGCUUGGGUUUGUUACUGAGCGCCCCGACGCUGGUCUUCAGAGCGGUGAAGUAUUUCCCAGACUAUGACGUAAAAGUUUGCUUUUUGGAUUAUCCGACCCCAACGGUUGAGCUGAUCUGCAACGGGAUGCUAAUCAUCUUAAGCUUCAUCAUCCCAAUUUCCAUCAUCGCAUUCUGCACCGUCACAAUCAUCCGAGCGUUAAAGAAACAGUCUGUUGCCAGGUUCAACGCGGAGAAGAGUGAGCAGAAGGCCACAACACUGGUGCUGGUCGUCCUUGUGGCCUUCCUCAUCUGCUGGGUUCCUCUUCACUUCAUCACCGUGCUGGAUGUGCUCCAUAGAAUCAACGUCAUUAGAGGAUGUCACCUUGAAGCGGCCAUAGCGAUUUGCAACCAGAUCUUUGCCUACUUGGCUUUCUUCAACAGCGUCAUCAACCCCAUCUUGUACGUCAUUGUUGGGAAAAAUUUUCGGAAAAAGGUUCAGGAAGUGUGCAAGCAGUGGGCCAGCAGUACAGUGACUACAGCAUCCACACGUUCAAAUACCUCAGCAACACUGAGGACUAUCAUAUCAGGGUAACUUCAGGUACAAAAAUAUCUUAGAAGAACUCUCAUUCCAGUCACAGUGGUAUGGGAAAAACUGGAAAACUGGAAAGAACGACUGCAAACCAAAAAAACUACAGUAGUCUUACAAAUGUAUAUUCCAAAGUGCUAAACUAUAUGAUUUAUCAUAAGAUGACACAUUGUAGCAACCAAACAGGCACAGCAACAUUUCUGUCGUAUGUUUGGGUGUUGCUAAGCGGAAUUUCUGGGACUGCUAUUAGGUUUCCUUGGCAGCAGAGAAAGGACUUGAUUAUCAGAAAAUAACAAAACAAAAAAGAAUUCUAUAAAUUCAAAUGCUAUCCCCUAUUAUAAAUUGUCAGAAGGUGUGAAUGUGAGUGGUUAUUUGUCUAUACGUGUCCUGCAAAGUCAGCUGAAGUAGGUUCCAGCUAACCACUAACCCUUAUGAGGAUAUGUAUGUAGUACAGAAAAUGAAUGGAUGAAAUAUGGAAAAAUCACAAAUUGUCAAAAUGUUAAAUCUAGUCUUUUUUGUACCUGCUUCUUAAUUUGUAGUGUCCAGAAUGUAAAUAGAUGCUGCUGUGCUAAAGUUAGCAUGCUAAUGAGCUACUAGUGCGAUAUCAAACCUGCUUGGUUGCUGUAAAAUACAUACAAUUUUAAUUGUCAAAACUACUAGCCACUUUGUAAUACUUCGAUCUAGCAAAUGUUCUCACUUUGUCCUGUGUUUUUUGUACCUGCUUCUUAACUUGUGGUGUCCAGAAUGUAAAUAGAUGUUGUUGUGCUAAAGUUAGCAUGCUAAUGUACAAUAUAAAACCUGCUUGGUUGCUGUAAAAUACAUACAACUUUAAAAGUGUCCAAAAUUCCCACUUUAAAUGGCACGGGUGAAGAAAUUAAAGAAUCAAAGGCCCACUCAUUUUUUACAAACCCUUUUAAACCGUAAGUUGAAAAGCAGAGAACUAAUGACUGCUGUUUUUUUUGGCUUUUCUGACUCAAUGUCCACUGACAGUUUCCAGUGUUGACGCACCAUCACGUCUUUUUUUUUUUCCUUUCAGUUGUCUCGUGUUGCUUUUUUUUUUUUUAUUUCCCUGCACUACACCGCAAAUAAGCAGCCCACUCAAUGUUGACUCAGAGGUUUGUGGGAGGGUGCAUACACAGACACACAAAAUAAAGUCAAGACAGACCGUAAAGACAGCCAGGCUUUAACCACCACAUUGUGAGUGUUUAAAUUUGUACCACUGGUGUAGAUAAGGUUUCCUCAAACAAUACAAAAAUGCCAAAUAUCUGUAUUGUUUGUUUACUGCUGGUAUUUUUGAUUGUGCUAACGUGCAUUCUUCCUGUGUGUGUACCAUAAAGUACAAUUGUGUUUUAGUGUUUGUGUGAGAUGAAAUAUAAAAUUAUAUACACGUUGCAAGCAUCC